UUUUGGCUGAUUCUCUUCUUCAUCUCUAUCUCUUGGUGCUCGUGAAUCUCAUUCUAUUCUUCAUCUUCCCAUAACCCUAAACCCCUAAAUUUUUGGCUGGAUUUGUUUCAAUUAAUUCACAGGAUCUCGCUUUCUCUCUCACUUCUGACUCUUCUGAUGGCCUCUCCUCUUUCGAUUCUUCAAUCGUUGUUGUUGAGGACGAUUUUGUUGGUGAUGAUGAUGACGAACAGAUUGCUGCUGAUGAUGAUGAUGAUGUUGUUGGGUUCGGUUAUGAACCGUUGUUUGUUGAUAGGUCUGGGUUCAUGACAUCGGAUGGAGCAGAUACAUCAAAAUAUUCUACGAGUUUUGGAAAAUCAUUUUCUUUCAAAUUUGAGGAUCCCAUUGGUCGCAUGAAUCGAAUCAAUUGUGGUAACUGUCUUGGGGAAACAUUGGGAAGACUUGGUCUAUAUCUUGUUUGUUUUUGUCUUGUAUGUUUGCCUCCAACAUCUUGUGCAUUGAGUCUGAACAUGGGUUAUGUGAUUUUAUGCUCUUCUCUACCCACUUUGAUUCUUAUAGGAACUCAGUUAUUUAUGUUGUUGUUUUUUGUAGGUACUGAACAUUUAGAUGAGCAAGCAGUCAUGCUAAGAGUUGUUAUCAAGGACAGAGAACUCCCUGAGAUCUGCAGGAGUGAAGGCUUUAAAGUUGCAUUUGGAUUUCGGCAAUUCAGUCAAACCAACACCAAUCUCUGGUACAGCCACUAGACCAAAAUCUAGUGCUUUGUCUCUCAAGUCCAGUAUAUUUGCAGGGGCUAUUGUUAUAACAAGCAUUGGCGUAUUAGUCUACCUACAACAAUCCAAGUAACCUGUUUCGCGGUUUAAGCCAGAAAAAGCAAUAAUUACUCUGUAUGAAUCCCAGAGCUCUUUUGCAUUUUAACUGCUCAUUGCAAAGGAAGUGUUGAAUACUAAAAUAGGAGAGCUUCUCUAAUAUUGUGUCUUUUUGUUUGGGGUUAGUAUUUAUCCCCAUGAGAUAGUAGCUUAUAUUUUUUUGGUAUCUGAUGUAUCUGUAACUUAUGUAUAGUAAUGUCUUGUUAUACAACAAUGAUAAAUGCUGGGGUUCUGCAUUUUACAUUGAUUUCAAGCUUACUUGCAAAUUGCAGUCACGCCAUGUCAAAAUAA